CAAACCUCAGGACGUGGAGCGUUUUAACCUCUCUGUCCUGCGUUGUGGGGUUUUGUUCAUUAUGUGACUUUUUCUUUUAUUGGAGCACCUGCUCUCCUGAUGAACUAAUCACUGGGUAUCAAGCUGUAAUUAAUAAUAAUAUAAUAUUCAUAAACAGGAGCAUAUUGUUUUAACCUCAUGGUCGCUUUCGUUCAACGGAAAAAUGAACUGCUUCAGCCAAAAGCUGAGACGCACAUCUCCCAUGCAGGGCAACAGUAGAAACGAGCUGGUCCCCUCUAAGCCUCCCAGGAUGAACGGAUGGUCGUGGCCUCCUCAGGCUUUCCAAGUGGUAGGCUGGCUGGUGUACAGCUACCUCGCCAUAGUCAGCUUUGGCAUCUACAUCCCUCUUCUGCCCCUGCCAUGGAACCAUGUGGUCUAUGCUUUGACUGGCAUAGCUUUUAUUGUACACUUUUUUGCACAUAUUGCUGCUGCAACAAUAGACCCGGCAGAUGUCAGUGUGAAGGCCAAACGGAGCUAUUCCAGUCCAAUGGCGCUUUUUGACAGGACGAAACAACCACAUGUAAUCCAGGACCUACACUGUUAUCUAUGUGAUGUCAAAGUUGGCCCCAAAGUAAAACACUGUGGCGUUUGCAACAAGUGUGUGGAGGACUUUGAUCAUCAUUGCAAAUGGCUGAACACCUGUGUGGGUGGCAGAAACUACUGGUGCUUCUUCGUGGCACUGUGCUCUGCUCUGCUAGGCGUCCUCCUGCUUGUUGUUGUCAUUUUGUUCAUAUUUAUUCAGCAUUACCUGGAUCCAAACAGCCUGCGGACCGCCCCACAGUAUGACAGUAUGCUGGGGAAUGGUACCUGGCUGGUGUUUUUACCCUUAGCACCCAUAAAGGCUAGUUCAGCUGGUCUCCUUAUAUUAGCGUUCAUAACAGCCAUGUUGAGCUUCACCUGCACUCUGCUCCUCGGUCAUCUUCUUUGCUUCCACUUUUACCUCUUUUAUAAAGGCAUAAGCACAUAUGAUUAUGUAAAGAAGCAGCGCCAAAAAGAAGCCAGAAACAUUGAAGCAGGAAAUCUACAAGAUGCGAAAAUCAAUAGCAAAGCCCCACAGAAUCAAGAGAGCUCAAUUGACUGUGAGCCAGCAUUAUCACAUAGUUCAGGUACCUGCAAAUUUGACGAUAAAGGCCCGCUCACAAGCCGACUUUCAGAGUCCAUAUGCACUGAGAUGGAGAACUUUAAGAAAUCAGCAGAAAAAGAGAAUAGUUUCCAUUAUGGCACAGAAAAUCCCACAAACAACAACGCAAGGGAAAUGUCUAUUAGCGACAACGAAAGCUGGACGGCUGACACUAAAGAGGCUCAGAGUGAAAGUGAGAAGUCUGUUCCCCAUGUUCCUGGAGUGCAGGACCCUCUGGGAAGCUCAGUUAUGACUCCCGAUGAUACCUAGCAGUAACUAAUGUUUGCAUGGCUGUGGCGUAGUGGAGAGCAAGGUAGUUCUCCAAUCAGAGGGACGGUGGUUCGAUACCCGGCUUCGGCAGUCGAUGUGUCCUUGGGCAAGACACUUAACCCCAAGUUGCUCCUGAAGGCCAUCGGUGUGGACUGGAUGAUGAAUGUUAGUUAGAGUCUGAUGGUGGCACCUUGAUGGUAGCCUGUCAUCAGUGUGUGAAUGGGUGAAUGAUAUGUAACAUACUACUGACUGUAAGUCGCUUUGGAUUAAAGCGUCUGCUAAAUGACUGUAAUGUAAUGCAUGGCGGUGCGACAGGAUAUUCUGCUCUGACAAAUUAUGAAUUUAUUAUGAAGAUAUGCAUCAUGAAACUGAGCCACACAGCAAUGGAGCAUGGUUGAUAAGGACAGAGGACGCCCUGGACUUGACAGUUUGAUCAUGGGACAGUUGAUAUUUUGUAUGCAGAUGAAUAGCUGUGGACCCAUCAUUGUGUUUUGUUCUUUUUUAUCUACACUAUGUGUUUUUUAUAAUGGUUGGAUUAUUUAAUUAAUUGUAUUAUCUCACUUACGUGUAUAGAGAGUCAAAGUCCAGCCCAACUUCCAUGUCCGUUUCACUAGCCUGAGUCCGAUAGAUGAAUGUACUCUGGCAUCUUCCUGAAAGACUUGAACAUGAUACUGGAUGGAAGUGAUCAUAUUGUAAGCCAAAUGGGUAUCAAGUAAAGUAGACAGUAACUUUUAGCUUCUUUUCAUUUCAUCCGAUGGCCAAAGAGAGAGUCUUUUCUGACAAAAUACAGCACUUUGACAUCACUGUGUUGCUGCCAGUCACCCAGCUCGUGAAAGGAGGUUCUCUACUCUUCAAGGUUAAGCUCUGCAGUACUUUAACUCAAGAGCACCUGGAGGCUUUUAUGCUCAUGGCUACUGAGCAGGAUGUUUUGAUGGCCCUGGGUAGUGACCUGGUUAUUGGUGGCAUAGCAGUGAGGUUGAACUACUGCUGAAAUUGCCAAUUCAUGUUAUAAUUGUUCUGUUCUGUGACGUGUCUACUCAAACUUUUAAUUGACAAAUUAUUUUGGAAUUUGCCUUUAUUACAAACCCUUAAGAUAUUGGCUGCAAGUGACAUUUGUCUGAUUCAAGCCAGCUUUCUCUCAAGAAAAAUAUGUUGUCAGUGAGUAGUCUAAGCAGUCAUUUGUGAGCCCCCAUAUCUAUAAAUUUACGUAUCUAUUUUAUUCAAGAAUUUGAGGUAGGGACACUAGCAGCCCAUUUAAGUGUUUUCUAUAUUCUUGUAGUUUUUGUCCACUUGUAAGCUGUCAUAUAUUGUCACCACUAGAGGGCCCUGUUAUAACCUUCACAUGAUGUUUAGGGAAACACAGGGAUUAACUUGAGAUAAAAAAUAAUAAUUGGACUAACAGAAAGGAAAAGGCUACCAAAGCACUUGAAGGGUAACGACGACUUACAUUUAUUAACAAAAAUGAUCAAUUAAGAGAACAACAACAGAAGUCAAAAAGGCGUUAGGGUCUCCAAGGCCAAAACAACAAACAAAAGAAACCACACCAGCUAGAAAAUAAACUCAAUGAUUCUACUGAAUACACAAAUACAAUUCUAAACCUCCUUACAAGCCAUGAAACAUGGUAAAUGUAGUGACAAAAGAAAUGGCAGAGAACCCC